UCGGUAGCAACAUUCCCGUGUUCGACGUCACAUCACUUUGUUGCUUUGUCUAGCAGCUGCUCAGGAGAAUAUCUUUUUGUCGAGGGUGAAUUCUACCAGUUUCAUACGAAAUCGAUUGCCUCAACACAUCACGCUCAGUGGCAUAGUGCGAUAGUGGCUGUAAUGCCCAUUUCUAGAGCGGAACCGUAAAUUAAAUAAUUCUACGAUUAAAAAGCAAUCGGGGAAGUAUCUACGGCAGUAGGCGCGAGAGUUAGCUGGCUGCAAACAGAGUUUAUUCGCGGUGGCUACUGGCUAGCAGACGAAAGAUACUUUAAUCAACAUAUGCGCGGUGCGUUGCGUCCACUGUUAAUGGUCAGUCGGAAGAACAGAGUUGUUUAGUUUAAUUCGAUUUCUUGUGGAAUGAAGUCGGUUUCCGCUGAACAGUCCGGUUGGCCGUUGGGAACUAAUCCAUGUUUCGUUACUAACAUUUCCACAAAAUUAUAAAUUUAAAUGCUGAAAAUUGUGUGAUUAUUUGGAUUGUUAAUGGAAAAUGGUUCGAUAUAUUUUCUAGGGUGCUUUUAGAAUAAAAAUUGUGUGCUAAAAAUCAGUUUGUGUUCAAAGUAAAACCAAGUGGAAUUUAAGUUUAAAACCGUCAGUUCUACUGAAGCACGUUACCCCAAUAAAUUUAUCUCCCAAGCCACUAUCGUUUUGUAAUCAGCAAUCGGCCUGUUGUGCACGCACUCGUGAGAGAUUAGUUCGGUCCCAAGUGAGCAAUUGCGUCCUCGGUUCGAAUUUAUAUCUUUUAUCGGAAAUAAUUUUAAAGCAUUCUACGCACUUAUAUGGCCUAAUUUUCGAACAUUAUUGAUUAGUGACCUGCACGCGAGAAUCUCCACCAUUCAUCAAAUACACCAUUCAUCUACCCCAACUAUUUUGCAGCCAUUGGUCAACAAAUUAAUAUUGCCAGAAAAAUGCGGUGAUAUUUGUAAAUUAGGUUAAAUCGACUGACCGACAUCUUCCGGAAGAAAAGUAAAAUUUAUAAUUAAUCUACCACUUGAAAAGAUUUAUCGUAUGCUCUCGGAAGUGCUUAGUUUAAAAUGGAGUUAACAUCGAUGAUUGCAACAAAUAAAGAUGUUGAAUUUCAACAAAUAUGCUACACAGUCCCAAUAAGGAAAAACUUCGUUCAAGAAAUCGGUAGAAGAACUCUUCUUAAUGGCGUCAGUGGUACUUUUCGUAAUGGAGAGCUUUCUGCAAUUAUGGGGCCAUCAGGUGCCGGUAAAAGCAGUCUUCUCAAUGCCAUAUCAGGUUAUAGAACAUCUGGCGUAACUGGCUACAAGAAAAUCAACAAACGCGACUCUUGCUACAUCACCCAAGAAGAUCAUCAUCAACCCCUUCUCACCGUGGAAGAGCUCAUGCACGUUGCAUGCGCCCUCAAAGUAACGUCCCGGAAAUCCCAUGAAGUCCUUAUAACAGAAAUUCUCGAAAAUCUCAAUCUAAAUCAUCGUCGAAAUGCUACGGCCGAAUGCCUUAGUGGUGGUGAAAGGAAACGUCUUUCCAUUGCUCUGGAAUCAGUAGCGAACCCGACGAUAUUCUUCCUAGACGAACCGACAAGUGGUUUGGAUGAGGUCACCGCGUCACAAUGCAUUCAGCUGCUGAAGAAUCUUGCCAAGAGUGGAAGGACUGUCGUAUGUACCAUCCAUCAACCCUCUGCAACCAUCUUCAAGAACUUUGAUCAUAUAUAUGUCCUAGCUAAAGGACAUUGUGUAUAUCAAGGUGAACCAAAGGCGAUUAUACCUUUUUUGACAAGCAUUCAUUUGGAUUGUCCAAAGACUUACAGUCCCUCUGAUUACAUUAUUGAACUCUGUGAUUCCAAUGAAGGAUCUCUAAUAUCUUCUCUCUCCGAAAUAACUCAAAAUGGCAAACUAGAAUAUACUCAAAUUAAUGAUAACGAGCACACCAUCGGCACUGACGAAGAUUCCUUAGCCUUAUCGAAUUACCGAUGGAAAAACAUUAUCACCCCAGUGUACUUAGAGAACAGUAAACAGAGUGGUAGCCUUGGAUGUAUAGGGGGUGGUUUCGCACUAUUAGAAAAGAUGAAAGCUUUUUCGAAAAGAAUAAAACAGGACAGUGACUCAGUAUCAGGGACCAGACAAUUUUUAGUGCUUUUACAUCUGAUGAUGAAAAAGAUUCUGCGCAAUCGGAUAGCUCUUUGGAUACAGUUUAUUCAUCAUUUGAUGUGCGGAUUGAUGUUUGGGCUAAUUUUCUACAAAGCUGCCAAUCAAGGAGAACGAAUGUUCGACCACCUGAAGUAUUGCAUUGGUUGCAUACUUGUGAUAGUCUACACUCAAGUAAUGGUGCCUAUACUAAGUUUUCCCAUGGAAGUGAAACUAGUUAAGAAGGAAUUCUUCAAUAGAUGGUACAGCUUAACACCGUACUACAUGGCUUUAACUAUAUCCCGCCUACCGUUACAAAUAUUCUUCAACAUGAUAUUCCUAUCCUUCACUUAUUGGAUGUCUGGCCUUCCGAAUGAACUGUGGCGGUUCAUGCUAUUCUCCUCAGUGGGCAUAAUAACCUCCUUUGUCGCAGAGGGAAUGGGACUGGCCAUCGGAGCGACUUUCAGUAUCACGAACGGUUCGGCCGUUGGUCCCCUCCUUAUAGCACCAUUCCUGGGCUUAGCCAUUUACGGAUUCGACUUUGCUGCGGACAUUCCAGCCCUCAUGUAUGCUUUAAUGAAGCUAUCGUACAUUCGAGUUGGAGCAGUAACACUUGUGCUGAGUGUUUUUGGCUUCAACCGACCAGAACUAGAUUGCAACGAGAUGUACUGCCAUUUUAGUGACCCAAAGGUUCUACUACGGUUUCUCCGGGUGGAGAAAGUUUCGAUAUGGCAUGAAUUUGGAUUUUUAGUUUUGUUGCUAUUAUUUUUCCGGGUGAUGCUAUUUUUAAGCUUGAAGAAGAGAUGUAGGACGUAAUUGCUGUAUUUAUGGGAAUAUUGAAAUUCAAUUGUAUUAACAAGUCGAAAUGGGGAACAUUAUAUCCGAAACUUACGCAAAAUAUCUCAAUCCAAGCAUAUCAAAGCUUCUCUACACACACAAAAAUUUAGAGUUAAUAAGGAAACUACUGUGAUAGACUUAAAUAGAAUCAGGAUAGAUAUUUUCUACAAAUGGAGCUUUACUUAUGAGCUAAUUAGGUCGUAGUGGUUUUUAUACGAACUUAAUAUGAAAUAAAAUUACUAAAAUCGAAA